ACUUUGUACCGGCACUGGAAAUCCACUUGUUUAUCAGGGCUGGUAGCAGUGCCUGCUGAGAUCUGUCCUUUUGGGGACAGGCUGGACCCCUUCUGCAUUCCAGUUGCACUAAUCCACAGCAGUGGGGGAGGGAACAAGCCUGCUGCCCCCUCAAUAUGUUAGAGUGAGUCCUCCCUGCUGAGGACGCUGCAAAUCCUGGCUGGUGCCCCGCCUUCCCUUCACCUGCAUUUCCGCCCCGCCCACCCAGCCAGCCACUGUUCCAGGGCUUGUGCCCCCGGGGCUACCUGGAGCCUGUGGUGUCUCUGGAGCCAGGACUUUUUCUGGCAGAGGCCAAGGCUCACCUACAUCAGGUCUAUCCAUGAUUGGAGGAAACACAACUUUCUCAGGGGCCACCAAUGCAUCAACCGAGGCCCCUGGACUGGGCACCGGGGGCCGGGCAUGGCCUGUGCUGGUAGGGGUUGUGCUGGGGGCGGUGGUCCUCUCCAUUCUCAUCGCGCUCGCUGCCAAGUGCCACCUCUGCCGCCGAUACCAUGCCAGCUACAGGCAUCGCCCNCUGUCCGGAGCAGGGGGUGGGAACCGCCCACAGGUGGGUGAAGAUGAGGAUGAUGAUGGCUUCAUCGAGGACAAUUACAUUCAGCCUGGGGCUGGUGAGAUGGAGACGACAGGAAGCCGGGACCACUUCUCUCUCUGAGCUCCAUCUUUGGACACUUCCCUCCAUGCCUGGCAGUUUAAAGACAGUGAGUGACUCCUCAAGUCUCAGGGUCAGAGUUCUUGCUAGUAUCUAAAGCUUGACCAGGAGCUUGUUUUCUGACACUGGUCGGUCGCUAAAGUGACAAUUCUGUUUCUCAUUAACUCUCCAUGGCUCCCUGCUGUCCCAGGAUACAGCCUGACAGGCCUGAGCAGACCUCUUGAGUUCCUUUCUUUGCCCCCCUCCCCCACUCCCUACUUUACCCCCUUCUUGGGCUGCCUUGACCAACAAGUUCUGGGAUUUCACAUAUGUCCCAGUAGGAGAAAACCGUGCCAAAUUUCUUACCGAAAAAUUUUUCUUAUCAAUAAAGUAUAUGACUUGGUUAUAAUA